ACCGCUCGGGUGGACUUCCGUGGGCUCCGGUGAGCUCCCCGGCCCUUGAUGACGAUGCUGAAGGCCAAGAUCCUCUUCGUGGGGCCCUGCGAGAGUGGAAAAACUGUUUUGGCUAACUUUCUGACAGAAUCUUCUGAUAUCACUGAAUACAACCCAACCCAAGGAGUAAGGAUUCUGGAAUUUGAGAACCCACACGUUACCAGCAACAGCAAAGGCUCAGGGUGUGAAUUUGAACUAUGGGACUGUGGCGGGGAUACAAAGUUUGAAUCCUGCUGGCCAGCCCUGAUGAAGGAUGCCCAUGGAGUGGUGAUCAUCUUCAAUGCCGACAUCCCAAGCCACCGGAAGGAAAUAGAAAUGUGGUAUUCCUGCUUUGUCCAGCAGCAGUUCUUACAGGAUACUCAGUGUCUGUUAAUUGCACACCACAAACCAGGCUCUGGAGGUGAUAAAGGAAGACUGUCUUUGUCACCACCCUUGAACAAGCUGAAGCUGGUGCACUCAAAUCUUGAGGAUGACCCUGAGGAUAUCCGGAUGGAAUUCAUAAAGUAUUUAAAAGGCAUAAUCAACUCCAUGUCUGAGAGCAGAGACAGGGAGGAGAUGUCAAUUAUUACCUAAUCAGCGUUCACCUGGGACUCCCACAUUCCUGAUGAUACCAACAUCUUUCUCAUUGCACAUCUGAAAUCACAUGCAGCUACUGAUGUUUUCUUCUCCGCUAUAGAAAAAAUUUUCCCAUCAGCUAGAAGGUACUACUAGUAAGCCAGGGAGAUGACUCAUACCAUCUAUGCUCUGUUCUUAGUCCAUUUGAGAAAAAUCCUGUCAUUGAGUUCUGAAUUCCUGGCCCCAGACCAUUCCAAAGCUGGAAAUUUGAGGGUUUUCUUUUUCCCCUUCACAUGUAUAUAUAACUUGUGCCGUUGUAACUAUCAUAACCCCAUGAUACAAUAGUUUAAUCCACGGGUAUUGGUUUGAAUGUGAUAAUUUUCAUUCCUUGAUUUACUCAACAAAUACCAACUGGGUUGAGCAUCUGCUAUGUGCGCUGCACAGUUUGGCUGCUGACCACAUACAGCAUAAAUGAGAAAGACAAAAAUCUUGGCCCUCAUGGAGCUUUCAUUCUAUUUUUCUAAAUAAUAGUAAGGUAGAGACAAAGUACUACCUGUUGGACAUGAAAAAAAAAAAAGAUUCUACACUUUCUAGAAGUGCUUUAAAUCUUUAAAUUGCUUUAAAUCUCACAUGUUCCCCUCCAAAGCACCUGGGGUACUUACAAUGCUAAAUGAAGGUAUAGUUGACCCUCAUUCAUGGAUUUUGUAUUUGGGAAUUUGCCUACUCACUAAAAUUUACUUGUAACCUCCCAAUCAAUACUUUCCUUAUUAUUUAUAGACAAGCACAGGGUGGCAAAAAAUCGGAAUUGCCCAAUGCACACAUUCCCAGCUGAAGUCAAACGGGAGUUCUGCCUUCUCGUUUCAGCUCUCAUACUAUAAACAAAUGGCCUUUUCAUGUUCUACUUUAUGUCACAUUUUCACAUUUUUUGCUUUUUCUUGGUGAUUUUGCUGUUUAACAUGCCCCCAAGGAUAGUGCUGCAGUGCUUAGUUUCCCUAAGUGCAAGCAGGCUGUGAUGUGCCUAUGGAGAAAAUAUGUGUUUUAUUUAUUUAUUUUGGAUUAAUAUAAUGGUACAUAUGAUUGGGUUACAUUGUUCACAUUUGUUAGGUGGCAUUCAAGUUGUAGUUGAAUCCUUUACCCAGGAGGUAAUUGUGCUCCUUAGGUGAGAGCUUACUGAGCCCCUCCCCCCACUCAUUCCCCCUACUUGAAAUUGUGUUUUUUCAUUCCUGUGGACCUGUAGUUGUUCAUCUGCUUAUUUGAAAUGAAAGUAUCUGUUUUAUGUAAGUUUCAUUCAAGUGUGAGUAACAGUGCUGUCAGCCAUGAGUUCAAUGUUAAUGGAUCAAAUAUAUAUUAAA